AUGGAAGAGUGCGAGGCUCUGUGCUCGCGUGUCGGUAUCAUGGUCGGUGGUCGUCUUCGAUGCUUGGGUAGUGUGCAGCACCUCAAGUCUCGCUUCGGUGACGGCCUCGUGUUUGACGUCAAGCUGGACAUGCCCAGUGCGGAGGGAAAGUCUAAGAAGCUCGCGGAGCGGCGUGGGGUCGUACUUAUAGUAAACAAGGAGUCAAGUAUGCGCUCGUACAAGGUUCAGUGGGACUCAGGGAUUGCAGAGACCAUCUCAGCGCGCUCAAUACGUCGCGAAGUGGAAGUAGCUGCUUGGACACCAUCUGACCUCGCCCGAGAAGUUCCUGAUGAGGAAGGAGACGCAGUGGAUUGUCGAGAGCCGAGAAUGAAGACGACGGAAGUGUGUAUGCCCACGGGAGACGAUGGAUACAUUGUGAUGCUGUAUUAA